CGCGCGCCACCCGGUGGGCGGUGUGAUCGGGGCAUUAAAAGGCCGCAUGUUUUUUUUUCUCUCUUCUUCUUUUUCUUCUUCUUCUUCUUCUUCUUCUUUGCGGCAGGUGGAAUCUCACUGCAGAUGUGUCGGGAUAUGGACUCUUCUGAAACAUCCCGCACCUCAGUGGUGUUUGUCCACAGGGGGACAUUUGUCCACUCGACCCCCGAAAAUGCGCUCCAGGUCAUGGAGGAUGCGCUCGUGGGGGUGGACGACAGGGGGAAGAUUGCUUUUAUCGGAGAAGGCAAGGAGCUCCAGAAGCUGUCUCAGGUUUUUGGUUUCAGUUCGUCCGAAGUGGCUCAGCUGGAAAGACAUGAGUUCUUCAUGCCGGGGCUGGUGGACACCCACAUCCACGCUUCCCAGUACAGCUACGUUGGCACAGCCCUGGACAUGCCUCUGCUGCAGUGGCUCAACACCUACACCUUUCCUGUGGAGGCCUGCUUCAAGGACUUAGAGUUUGCUCAGAAGGUUUACACCAAAGUGGUGAGAAGAACCCUGAGAAACGGGACGACCACUGCGUGCUACUUCGCCACCAUCCACACUGAUGCUUCGCUUCUGCUGGGCCAAAUUGCAAAUGACUUUGGGCAGCGUGCGUUAGUGGGGAAGGUGUGCAUGGACAGGAACAGCUCUGUCAAACAUUACAAAGAAACCUGUCAGGAGUCUGAGGAUGAGGCGCACCGGUUCAUCAAAGAGCUCCUGAACAAAAAGUACCCUUUAGUGAAGCCAGUGGUGACUCCGCGGUUCGCUCUGUCCUGCAGUGAGGACCUGCUGUCUAAGCUGGGAGAGAUAGCCAAGAAUAACAACCUGCACAUCCAGAGCCACAUCAGCGAGAACACUGAGGAAGUGACGCUUGUAAAGGAGCUGUUUCCUGACUCGGAGUCUUACACAGACGUCUACCACAAGUGCAAUCUUCUCACUGGCAAGACAGUGAUGGCCCACGGCUGCUACCUCAGUGAUAACGAGCUGGAUCUGUUCAGAGAAACAGGAGCCUCUUUGUCCCACUGUCCCAAUUCCAACUUCUCGUUGUGUAGUGGAGUGUUAAAUGUCCGCAAUGUCCUGGAUCAUAAAGUGAAGUGUGGGCUGGGUACAGAUGUGGCGGGGGGCUACUCAUCCUCUGUGCUCGAUGCUGUGAGAAAAACUCUGGAUGCCUCCAAAGUCCUGACGAUCCAGGACCCUGAACACAACACACUCUCUUUCGAGGAGGUGUUCAGGCUGGCCACCCUGGGGGGCAGCCAAGCCUUGUCCCUGGAUGACCAGAUAGGAAACUUUGAAGUGGGAAAAGACUUUGAUGCUUUAAGGGUUAAUGUGGCAGCUCCAGGUGGACCCAUCGAUCUGAUCCAGUCUGACGGACCAAAGAUCCUUUUGGAGAAGUUCCUAAACUUAGGUGAUGAUCGGAACAUCGUGGAGGUGUUUGUAGCAGGGCGGAAGGUGGUGCCGUUCACAGAUGGCCUUGGAGAAAUCUGACUGAAAUGUGGGAAUCGUGUGGAAAAUGGAAAAACCUGUGACUGCAUGAACAUGGAUUUUUUUUUCACAAAUAGGAAGGAAAAAUAUAGUAAAGCCAAAUGUGAACAUGAGAAAAAAAAUGAAGCAAUUUAAUGCAGCUCAACAGGCCAAACAGAGAUCAGCCAAAUCUGAGUUCAGGCUGUUCAAAAUGUCUGUCAGGUUUUAAUUAGGAGAAAAAGAUUUACUGAAUACUGUUUGCACUUUUCCAAAUAAUUGAGGCUGAUAAUUAGCCAGAUGCUUGAAAUUUCUGCUUUUUUAUGCCCAAACUUUAGCAUAAAAUAAGCUCUAUGUCCUCAUUGUUCACUUCAACAUCAGACUUUUCUACUUGAACCAUCAGGGAGACAAACUUGCUUGUUAAUCGAUUCAAAUAUUUUCUAUCACAUGCACGUUUAAAUGUUGCUAAAGCUCCAAAUGGUGCCUCUUGUUGUUCUCAGGGAAAAGAGGCGGUAUUGCCUGACCUGAUUAUCUGCAAAUGAUGAUCCUUGUGUUGUGAAAACAAUGCUCUGACUAAAGCUGGAACAAAUAGAUUUUUAAUAAUGACAAAUUCAGUUUU